AUGGAGAAUCCGUAUAAACAAGGUAAUAUCGAUGAUGCCGAAAUCGAUCAACAUGUCUAUGAAACUGGGCAAGUCGAAGAAGAGAUCAUUUACGAGUACGCUGAAGACCCGGGAACGAUCGUACAAGAUGAAGAGGAAGCAGAAGUACCGUGCUAUGUGAUGGGUGGAAGUUAUUACACUCAGGAGAGUAUCGACGCAGCCAAUCAGGAUCACUCAAUGUGCUAUUUUUGCAAAGAAGAUUUGCGAAACAAGCGAUUCUACAACCACCUAUUCGAUCAUCACGGCUUUACCAAGCAACAGUGUGAGGUGAUGAAGCAGCAGAAGCGAUUAGAGUCUCAUAAAGGGAAACCAAGUCCCAAAAUGCGCUCCCUACAUGCUUGCACAACUUGCGAAAUGGAAUUUGUCACCAAGACCGGCCUAAAAAGUCAUUUAAAUAAGGAUGGGAGCACUUGUGGUAGACUUCUAGCACAAUCAAAUGACAGUACUCUAACCUCAGCUAGUAAUAUAGUCUGCCCCACUUAUGGAUGUGCUGCACAAUUCGGGACCUAUUUGGAGUUGGCAGUCCACGUGGAUAGUUUCCAUAGAGAUAUGGUGACUGAUGGCAAGGUUUUCAUGAUAAGAAGAAAGACGUUUCCAGAUAAAACUAGCUUUUUGAAGUGGAAAAAAGACAUGGAAAUCAAAACGUCAUCUGAAUUCUUCCUCCGGACCUCUCAAAAAGUGAUUUUCGCGGUUCGAACCACCCUUUACAAGUGUCUAUGCUCGAAUUCUCGGGGACAAACCAAAACGAAAUCUGAGCAAUGUCCAGCAUUCAUCAAAUGCUGUCUUAGGAACCAUGGACAACUGGAAGUGGUCGCGUGCUUUGGGCAUAUUGGUCAUGAACAUCCGACGGAGACUCAGAAAGCCGUGGAAUUCAGAUUGGCAGCUUCUCGGGAGCUCAAUUAUUACCGAACCAAAGGACGAAUCAACAAUCAUCGUCACCGCGGCAAUCAGUAUGAAAAUGGCACGCAUCAUGAGAAUGGGAUGAUGGUGCUGAUGCCAGAAGCCGCUGGAGACGACGAUGACGUCUUCGUAGAGGAAGAUGAGGUGCAGAAGCAGCCGUCAGUUCCACGUGUCUACACUGCCACCACGUCGAGUCAUCACUACCAAGAAGGCAAUUAUUAG